CGGUAAUUCCACCACGAGGCGUUCAUACCCUAGUGUCAUUCAUCCCCUGUCUGUUAUCGUGGACGUUUCCUGAAAUCCCGCUCCUGGUCUGUCAUGGUGAUGGGAGGAGCAUCCCCGAGAUUAUAUGGCUAUCCAAAUAUAGGGACAACGCACGCGUCACCAGACGCCCGUGUCAGAUGACUGAAUCGUUACCGGGAAAAAAAAUUAAUCACAGACCAUCAGCGCCAGUGCUAACCGCAGCAGCAGAUCCCCAUCUUGCAGCGAUGCCACCAAGCACAUGCGUGUGCCGAGUUCCUUCCUCGUUCCUUCUCUGGAAUGAUCCCCGAUGGCUGACCAGAGACUCGGACAGGAUGACUCACGGCCUCUUAGUAAGUCUUGGAUCAUCUCGGGAAAUGCAGGUUUGUGACGAGAAGCGCAGAUGGGCGGUUUCAGCCUUCCUUUGCUUUUGUCAUCGGUCGAGGCACCAAGACAUCGACUUAGGCUCUACUAGACUGGAAUGGGGGGGACGGAGGAAGGGCCCUACUGCAAUCAUGCGCAUAUUAUUGCUAACGAUGGCGGUAUACAGUCCUCCGUGCAGCUCGGCUUUGAGUCUCCUGUUUUGGUACGGAACAGAUUACUUGCUGGUGGUGGCGACAGACGUCAAUCAGUCCAGGCUGAUGACCAACCGGGGAUUCCACGGACGUGCAAGUGGUCCCAUCGUCGCCUUACUGUGCAUUCUCCAGGACGCGUCGAUCACUCGCCUGCAACUGGGAAGAGGAAAAGGUAAAAGGCUAGACCGCCGGCUAUUUAGGCAGUCACUUGCUUGGAGAUGAGAUGCUAUCGUACUAAAUUGUCCACAGCCAGGAUAACUGAUUGGGCUCGGCGGAAAGGAGGGUUACUGGUGGUUGGUGGGAUCGUGUUUGCGAUACUUUCGUCUCAUGUCGUCCGUGCUCAAGGGGGGAGAGAUUUGCCCACGGGGCCACAAGGCGCGCCGCGAACACGAUCGGGUCGUUUGGAUGGUGGAAAGAGGCAUCUUGGACGACCCGGGC